AUGCCCUAUGAUCUCGCAACCGUCAACCUUCUUAAGGCCAUCGCCUCUUUUGGUCAACGCCUAUUGUCGAGUUUCUCAGGGAUUGCCUUAACCGACCAGCUUCAGUCUUCAUCUCCUAAUCCCCCACAAGUAAAACUCAAUUCAAUUCAGCACCAAAUGGAUGAGUACCCGGAGGAGCUCCGCACGCCGCCUGUAGCCUUGUCAUGUGUGGUGGGCUGUCCGGAGGUGCACGGCUUGAUCGCGGCGCAUCUCCACUCGCAGCAGCCCCCUAUGAACACCAUCGCAUUGCCCGAUUUCGCUAAGAUCUCCGUGAUCCCAACAAGAAAGCCUCCGCGAGAUAUUUCUGAACCCAUCGGUGGCGUUAUCAAGAGAGAUUGGCUUUCCAAGCACCGGACUAGGAUUCCCGCCGUCGUGGCUGCUCUCUUCAGUUCGUCCGAUAUCUCCGGUGACCCCGCUCAGUGGCUUCAGGUCUGCAACGAUCUUGAAAACCUCAAGGUCACAAUCCGUGGGAGAAACAUCAGAUUGGUGGUGGUGGUUGUCUGUGAAGCAGGCCAUAAAGAUGACAUAAGUGAAGAUCGCAUGAUUGCGUUGCGGAAACGUGCGGAAGUAGAUUCUAAGAAUUUAAUUGUUUUCGUACCUGAUGAUCCAUUGGAGCUUAACCAAUCUCUAAGCAGGCAUGUUACUAUAAUAAUGCUCUUAUCCGAGUUUCUUGUGCGUCCUUUUUACCAACUGUCCUUAAAGCUCUGGACAGCAUUUGCCGAUCUGGCAAAUACAUAUUACAGAGAUGAAGGACGAAAAUUAAAAAUGCGCCUUGAAAAGAAAAGUUUCAGUUCGUUGGAGUUAAAUGUUCGUUACUGUUUUAAAGUUGCCGUGUAUGCAGAAUUUCAAAGGGACUGGUCUGAAGCUCUGAAGAUGUAUGAGGAUGCAUAUCAUGCUCUGCGAGAGCUGGUUGGAACAUCUACAAGAAUGCCUCCAAUUCAACGCCUAGUUGAGAUCAAGACUAUUGCUGAACAACUGCAUUUUAAGAUGUCAACAUUACUGUUGCAUGGUGGAAAAGUUGCAGAAGCAAUUGUUGGGUUCCGUCAGCACACUGCUAAUUAUAGGAGACUUGAGGGAGCUCCAGAAGUUAUAUUUCUUCAUUGGGAGUGGUUAAGCAGGCAAUACUUGGUAUUUGCUCAACUGUUGGAGACAAGCUCGGCCAGUGGUAUGACCUUUCCAAGUAUGGCCUCGGUUCCUUCUGAUAAACCAACAGAAUGGGAAUUUCAACCAGCUUACUAUUAUCAGCAGUUGGCAGCAAGUUACCUGAAGAAGAAAAAUAUAUGCUUGGAAUUUUCGCUGUCAAUGUCAGAAGAUAUUCCAGCUGAUGGGAGCGCUGAGUCUGUGGUUGCUUCAGUAUAUCAUGGUCAGUUUGCCCGGUUACUUGAGCGUGAGAAUACAUACAUUAUGCUACCCAUGACCGAUAAGGAGUAUGUCCAUUAUACACUUGUUGAAGGGAAGAGGUUCCAGGAUUCCUUUGAAAUUAUUGCUAUCCUGAAAAGAUCUUACGAAGCAUACAGUAACUUGAAGGCUGAGAGGGCAGCUGCCUAUUGUGGACUCGAGAUGGCUAGGGAAUAUUUUUCAGUUAGUGAUUUCGGUAAUGCUAAGAAACUUUUUGACCAUGUUGCAAGUCUUUAUCGACGUGAAGGCUGGCUCCUGUCGUUGUGGGAAGUCUUAGGUUAUUUACGCGAGUGCUCGAGGGGGAUUGGUUCAGUGAAAGAUUUCAUAGAAUACUCACUUGAGAUGGCUGCACUGCCUGAUGUAACUAAUGCUGGGCCUGCAACUCUUUCACAGAGAAUAAAGAUUCACGAGGAAACGUUUGAGGUUGCCAGGGGAGAAUCUGAACUUACUUUAAAAGAGAACAGUUCCCUCAAAGUAAGUAGUGAUUAUCCACUUUAUCUUGAAAUCGAUCUUGUGAGUCCCCUACGGUUGGCACUUCUUGCUUCGGUUGCUUUUCAUCAACCAUCAGUUAAGCCCGGUGCCAUGUCUCUCGUUACUAUAUCACUUCGGACCCAAUUGCCUAUGAAUAUCGAGAUUGAUCAGUUGGAGGUGCAGUUUAACCAAUCUGAAUGUAAUUUUAUCAUUGGUAAUUAUCAGAAGCCAAACAUAGCUGGAAUUUUGAAUGUACAACCAGGUCGCCGAGUUGAGACAGCUCCUACUCUGAUUCUUACUACAAACAAAUGGUUGCGAUUAACAUAUGAGAUAAAAUCUGAUCAAAGCGGGAAACUCGAGUGUAUAUACGUAAUCGCGAGAAUAGGUGCCCACUUCACAAUAUGUUGCAGAGCCGAGAGUCCUGCUUCAAUGAACGAAAUACCCCUCUGGAAAUUCGAAAACCUACUCGAAACCACUCCCACCAUCGAUCUCGGCCUAGCAUUCUCCGGGCAGAAGGCCAUACAGGUAGAAGAGCCAAACCCACAAGUCGACCUAAUCUUAAGCUCAUCUGGACCUGCACUCGUUGGUGAAAGCUUUAGUAUUCCUGUGACAGUUGCUUCGAAGGGGCACGCAGUUCAUUCAGGUGAGUUGAAGAUUAACCUGGUAGAUACAAGAGGCGGUGGCCUGCUUAGCCCCAGAGACGAACCUUACUUAACUGACGAUCUCCAUGUCGAGCUUAUUGACGUAACUUGCAGCGUGCCUGAAAAAAAUCUCGAAUCUCCUACGCCAAAUAACAUUCAGAAAAUCCAACCAUCUUUUGGGCUAAUCUCCAUCCCAUCUCUCGAUGUUGGCAACUCAUGGUCCUGCAAACUCAAAAUUAAAUGGAACCGUCCAAAACCUGUCAUGCUUUAUGUCUCGUUAGGUUACUGUCCUCAGAACAGCGAACCCAGCGUGCAAAAAGUGUACGUACAUAAAAGCUUGCAGAUUGAAGGCAAAACUGCCCUUGCAAUAAGCCAUCGGUACAUGCUCCCAUUCAGGCAAGAUCCUCUCUUGCUGUCGAGAAUCAAAUCCGUGCCCGAACCUGAUCGAUUACCCUCGCUACCUCUGAAUGAACGAACUAUGCUUGUAAUCAGCUUCAAGAAUUGUUCAGAAGUGCCACUCAGGCUACUCUCUGUAUCUAUCGAGGGUGACGAGACUGACAGCUCGUGUUGCGUACGGCCUCAGCAUGAAGAAUUUGAAGAACCCAUAGUUCAUGUCCCGGGAGAAGAGUUUAAGAAGGUUUUCGCCGUUUUCCCUAAUGCAAACAGCGGAAGUAAGCUGAAAACCGGUACCGUUAGCCUGAAAUGGCAGAGGUUCCCCACCAGAGUAGAGGAUGAUGAGUUUCGUUCUCAAGUUACGAAACAGAGGCUUCCGGAUUUGAAAAUCGAGCUUCCUCCUAUUGUCGUGAGCUUGGAAUGCCCGCCUCACGCGGUUACUGGGAGUCCCUUUGUGUGUUCUGUCAGGAUUAAUAAUCACACGGAGCUUCUGCAGGAGGUCAAGUGCUCGAUUUCUGAUUCGCAGAGCUUUGUACUGUCUGGACCUCACAGUGAUACAAUUUACGUCUUGCCUGGCUCGGCCAAUGCAGUGAGUUACAUGCUUGUGCCACUUGGCUCGGGCUCCCUGCAGCUACCGAGAGUUACCGUGACUUCAGUGAGAUACUCUGCUGGUUUACAGCCCUCGUUCACGUCUUCUGUCAUUUUCGUCUACCCCUCAAAACCUCGUCUAGGGGCUUGUGGCGAAUGACAAGACGAGAAAGAUAGAGUAAAAUCAUUAGUCAUCUACUUUCAGGGGUGAAGCAAUUGCACCGCUGAAGGAGUAUGUUGUGUGUAAGUGUAAACCCCUUUUUGUUUGAGAUUAUGUGUUGAUUUGUUGAUAGUAUGUGAGAAUAACUGAUGGUCCUGUGGGUUGGAGGAGCAACAUAGUGACAGUAUUUGACCCAUGGAGCCUUGGCAUGAAAAAAAACAAAAAUGAGGUUUUUUUUUUUUAUUAUUUGUUUUUAUGUUUAUUUUUUUUGUGGGAAUGGAGGUGUGGAUUUUUUCAGGCUACUGCAGGGGUGAUUGGUUCCUACUGCCAUGCAGAUUUGUAGUGAACAUGUUAUUAUUCAAGGAUUAUGAAGAUUUCUAGUUAUUUAUUCCCAUGUGCGGCUACUUUUGUAUGUGAAUGCAUGGUCUUGUUCCAACUAAAUGCAACUUUAUGUAUUGCAUAAAAUGUAGAAUUGAUUUUAAAGUCAAUCUGCUCUCCAAAAUUCACUUAUGUCAGUCUCGUUCUGCUAUCAAAAUCACGCAACUUUCUUUUCUCUCUCUC